CCUAUUUCUCCUUCCUUUUCCGCUUCCGCCCCGGCCUCCGAAUCCUCCAUCAGCUCCAGGGGGCCUCGCUCGGUUCUUUCCCCGCCGUGUCCCGCCGUGCCCGGGGGCGGCGGGAGGAUCCUCCGGGAGRCCGCGCCGGGGAGGACAAGAUGGAGGUAAAAGAUGCAAAUGCCGCGUUGCUGAGUAACUUUGAGGUGUACCAGUUACUUACUGAUCUCAAGCAGCAGCGSAAAGAGAGCGGCAAAACCAAGCAUAGCUCCGGGCAGCAGAAYCUGAACACAAUCAUGUAUGAGACCCUGAAGUACAUUUCCAAAACACCCUGCAGGUAUCAGAGCCCUGAGACUGUCAGAGAGUUCCUGGUAGCAAUGAAAGACCACAAAUUAACCAAGGCAGAGAAGCUGCAGCUGCUGAACCACAGGCCUGUGACUGCAGUGGAAAUCCAGCUGAUGGUAGAGGAAAGCGAGGAGAGGCUGACAGAGGAGCAGAUCGAGUCCCUGCUGCAGACAGUCACCAGCAUCCUCCCAGGGGAUCCCGAGGAGCAGCACAGACACUCAGCAAUGGACACGGAAGACAAAGGUGAUCAGGCCUAGGGGGCAGCUGGCAGCACUUCCUGAAGAGAACCAGCUCAUCUUGAUGCCUAAACCAAGGCUCAGCUCAAACAGAGGCCGAAGUUCAAAGAAUAAAAGCAGACAAAUUUAAUCCAGACCUGCUGCUACAUUGCAGGCAGAUAAAAGCCAAAAUGGACCCCGAGUCACGAGAUCUUCACCUUUUAUAAGUUCUGUCCUAUUAACAUAUCAGGCCCCAAUUCCCCAAUGACACCCUCAGGUGAUAAUGUCAAUCCCCCAAGCUUGUUCCCCCCAAUUCUCUGUUAUUUCCAUAUUUUGGGGCUCAGAGCAGUGAGUUGUCCUUGGAUUCAGGCUCCGAGAGGAAUUGUUUUGUCUAAAGAUGGGAGAACAGCAGCUUUAGUGCUGUACUAGAGAAGUACAAGAAUACAGAUCCAUGAAUGUAGAAGCUAAAAAUCCUAAGGCAUCAAUCUGAGCCUGGUUUUGAUUCUGGUUCAAUCCGGUAUUGGCCAUAACUGGGAAAUCCAUUCCAACACAUUCCAGUUUUGAUGACUUGGAGAUGAUGAGGGAACCAAUUGUUUCCAAAGGACGCUAUUGUUGGGGUGUUUUGUCAUGAACARGGCUGGCAGUGCCAGCAAUGCUGGGGCAAUCCUUUGGGAUUUGUGCAUUCCCCAUAGAGGAACAGCUGGAUUUCAAUUUUUUUAAAUUUCAAUAGGCCCAUGUGCAGCUGGCAGGGCUUUAAUUAGCACAGCAGGCUGGGAUCAGAAUGGYUUCCAGAAGCUUCCACAGCAAGGRCUGCCAUGAAAGCUGAAUUUUGGGGCAGAACACGGGCAGGGGUGGGCAGGAGCUGCUCAGUGUCCAGCCAUGCUCUCCCAAACCAUUGUGGAAUGGAGGGGAGCUGCAGGAGGGCAGCUCAAGGACUCUGACAUCCAGARAGCUCCAGAUCCCUCCCAAAUUGCCCCAAACCAGGGUUGAAGCUGGGAAAUCAAAGCUCAGCAGAAACUCGAGAUGUCUCAUUUCCCUCUGAACAUUUAUUCCAAUAUUUACACACAGACAAGGAAUAAAUGAGCCUAGGCUGAGCUCUAAUCUAUGGAAGAACGGGAGGCAGCACUGGAUGAAGCUGAAUUUACUGASCUUUUUUGUCUGAUUAAGGAUUUCAGGAUCAAGUGUUUAAUGUUGAAAGCUUUGGUGAUUAUAAUAAAUCAUUUGUGUGUGAAUAUCCACACAAAGUCAGCCCCUGGUUUCUAUUGUGCCUGAAGACCAUUUUUUAAUCAUUGUUAUGMUGUACUAGAAAUAGAAAUAAAAUUUCUGGGAAUUUUGUGACUUACAGACAAAAUCAAAUCACAAUAUCUGACUUAUUUUUUUCCUCCCUCAGCUCAGUCAUGUUUUUAUUUCAUGUUUUUAUGCAAAGAAUUGAUGCAUUCUGAGCUUUAGUUGUGCAGUGUGUGAAAGGGGCUGAUAAAUUCCAGUGUCUGGAGGAUUUGUCAUAUUCGUUUCCAUGGUAUUUAAGCUUCUCUAAUGUUUGGAGAGGAAAGAAAAUUAUUGGGAAAAUACAUUUGUUGCCUCUUACAGAUAAUUUAUCUUACAUUAAAUGCCUCCCAAAGCUGGAGACUAAAGGUACAYUUAGACUGGGUUUGUUUAGGAUUAAAAGGGGGAAGUCCUUGGUGGGUUUGGGAUCCAUUAGAAAGAAAACAAGAGAGCUAAAUGGUCAAGAAAUGAUUUUUAAACCUGUCUGUAAAUUCAGGUGAGGAUUUGCCUUUUUUGAGUUGCGUUGUUUGAUCUUUUUUGUGUCAGAAACCC